UAGUUAAGCUUGUCCAGUGGGGGCUUCAUCAUUCUGACAAUGUGGUUCAAUAGACUUACCAAAACUUAUCUCAGCAGUUGUUAAGUGACUAACUGGAAGCAGAAUUGACCACAGUAGUGAAACUGCCACUGGAUUGAAGUAUAAAAGGAUAUCCACAUUCUGGAGAACAGAGCCUGCUCACCCAGAGGUCCCUGUCCUUAACUUCAGCCAGGAGGUUUUUGUGGAGGACUGCCUGUCUCAGAAGCUGUUGCAUGACAGUGUAAUUAUACAACCAGAGAGACAACUUAACUCCCAGCAAACAUCCAUCUACGACCAAUUGUGCUAACACAAUCUACAUCUGACUCAGCUCAGCUUUCUUUUGCCAUCCACCCUCCUCUUCAUCUGAUCUUCAGAGCCUCAGUCUGUCUCACCAUGUCCGAGCAGCCCACCCAAAAUCAUUGGGAAGGGGCCUACAUCUCCCUGAUGCAAGGCUUGAGAGACCUGGACAUCUGUGGCCCCUGUGUUCCCAGUGUCCUGGUUCUAACUGGAGACCAUGCCUUUCCUUUAGCAAUGAACAGCCAGGGCCAGGUCCUGAUGGCUGCUUCUCUGUAUGGCCGUGGGAGGAUUGUGGUCCUGGGUCAUGAGGGCUACUUGACCGCCUUUCCUGAUCUGGUCGAAAAUGCUCUGACCUGGCUGAGAGGAGAUGGAUCUGAGAACCUGUCUGUUGGAGUCUACAAACACCUUGAGGGAGUUGCACAUAACCUCAGCAUGUCCAUCUUUGAAACCACAGUUGUGGGGGCCUUUAGUGACAAACUGGGGGUUGGUGUGUAUGUGACCGAUGCCUACAGCGUAGAUGCAGAAGCGGAAGACCUGGUAGCAUUUCUUAAAGCUGGAGGAGGAGUGCUGAUUGGGGGGCAGGCAUGGCACUGGGCUUCAACUCAUCCUAAGGAGAACACACUGCUUCAGUUUGCAGGGAAUAAGGUCUCUGGUGUGGCAGGGAUCUACUUCUCUGAGCGUUAUGGUGAGGUAGAAUGCCUGGCGGUCCCUCCUCAGAUCCCAUCUUCCUGCAUGGCUGUAGGGAUUGGCAUGGAUUUUGAGGAUGACCUAGAGUUCUUACUCCAGGGGGUGUCAGAGUUUGACCUCAAGAAUGGGGUAAUAGCCUCAGAGGUCCUAGUCCACGGUCCACUAGCCUUCCCCAUUGGCACCACCAAGGAUGAAAGAGCAUUUUUGGCAGGAAGCUACUAUGGGCAGGGACGAGUCAUUGUGAUCACACAUGAAGGACUUCUGAGUUGGAAGACACUGGCUCCAUUUUGGAACAAUGCCCUUCGCUGGUUGGACAAUGGCCGGAAUGGGGUAGUUGGUGUGAUUCCAGAUCUCGGCCAUGCCUUAAACCUCUACAGCAAGUCAGAGUUUAACUGUGAGAGGACAAACUUCAGGAAAGAUCUGAGUGUAUUUGUGUGUACAGCAUACAAUGAUCGUCAUGCAGAGGAAAUCCAAGAGUUUGUAGCAGAGGGAGGAGGCCUGCUGAUCGGUGGACAUGCCUGGAGCUGGGCACAGACACACCCUGGACGAAACACAAUGACAGAUUUCGAAGGAAACAAGAUCCUGAACAAAAUGGGCUUGAGCGUGCUGGGGAGGAUGAUCGGGGAAGGUUCCUACAAGGCACCUGAACCUAGCCAGGCUGUCAAAGACACCUACCACUUUCGUCACCUUCUACACCGCUUUGCUGAUCAUGUGACCCAGGGGAAGGAACUUACAGAGCAGGAGGAGAAAUGCCUUAAAAGACUUGGUGGGGACUGUGGCAGGUACUUGCACAUGAAGGCUCAUGACUGCUCCUCCUAUACACAAGUCGUGUCCUCCCUCACUGAGAUCUUAAAGACGACGGGCAUGCCACAGGUGUGUGAGAAAUGCCCUGUGGAGAGUCCCAAAGACCACCUGCUCCUCAGUGUAGGGGCGGGGGUAUAUAAGGUUUCCCCAGAUCCCGAUGCCCUCCUGCCCUACCUCAUCAAGGAUAAUCCCUUGAUGCCAGUUGUCUACAACUACAGACUCAAGAUUGAUAUUGAGACAGCAGGAGGGGAAGUGUGGAUCAGCACAGGUCUCUACCUCUCGCCUGGUAUGAGGACCUACAUGGCUAUGCCUGAAGAGAUCGUCAACAAGGGGUGGAUGGUCCAGAUAGGCUGUCAAACAGACCACCUGAAUGCUGGAAUCUUGAAGAGAGCACCACGUGUUCAUGAUCGAUUUUCUGUAACCUCAGGGAUGAUGCAGGUGUGGAACCUCUGGGGGGGACUCAUCUACCUGAUAGCUCCACCCAGAACACAAGUGGAGGGAGUAGAGGUCAUCGUGCAGAUGGCUGUACCUGCACCGUAUUAUAAAUCUGGUGUGACAACAGCUGCUGAUUGGUCACUGCUGCGCACAGCUCCUGCACCCUGGGCAGAGUUGGAGUUUGAAAACAUCGUCCUUACUGUACCAUCAGAUGCUGUUCGGACCCUAGAUCGCCCUGAUGAGUUGGCAGCAUUCUGGGAUGAAAUCAUGAGGGCCAUUGCUGACCUGGCCGUCAUACCACACAAAUUUCGUCGCAAGGAACGUUUUGUAGCUGAUGUACAGAUUGCCUACGGUUGGAUGCAUGCAGGUUAUCCUAUCAUGGUGCACAAACCCGCUGCAAAGGAACUGGUCAACAUUGACUGUGCUAAGAGAGGCAUGUGGGGGCCCAUCCAUGAACUGGGACACAACCAACAGAGAGGCUGCUGGGAAUUCUCACCACACACUACUGAGUGUACAUGCAACCUGUGGUCAGUGUACGUGCAUGAGGAGGUGCUGGGAAUCAACAGGGCAAAGGCUCAUCCAAAUAUGACUGUAGCAAAUCGAAACAAGCGAGCAGAGAAGUAUGCUAAGACAGGGAAAAAAAUUAGCGACUGGAGCAUGUGGGUGGCCUUGGAGACAUACAUGCAGCUCCAGGAAAAGUUUGGCUGGGAUGCCUUUAAGAAGGUGUUUGCUGCCUACCACAAGAUGAGCAGCUUUCCCAAGAACAACAAAGGGAAGAUGAACCUGUACGCUGAGACUUUCUCCCAGGCUGUGGAGAUGAACCUGUGUGGAUUCUUUAAGUCCUGGGGCUGGAACAUUGAAACAGCCACUGAGGAGAAACUCUCCGACCUGCCUCCCUGGAGCGACCACCCCAUGGUCCAGUAUGACUAAACUACUUCAGACUGCUGCAAGUAAAAAAUGUAGAGGCAUGGGUUCAAUAAUAUGGAACCCUAAAAGUCCUGAAAGCUGAUUUUUUUUUUUUAAAUUUUGUGCGCACAAGAUAAUGACGUUGAACAAAUAAGUUAUCAUCUUAUGUGUAUAAGAUAAUAGUAGUACCAUGGGACUUUAGGGGCUCUUUAUUCCAGACACUGAGUAGUUAAUGGGUGGUUGAUUUAACUGACUUUGUUUUCUUUUGUUGCUGAUGUUGUAUUUUUUGCCAUUUUUUUAGUUUCAAAAAGAAACAGGAGAGACAUAGUUGACCAUACAGCUUUUAAAGUGUGCAGGAUUUAGGGGUAUAUAUUGGCAGAAAUGGAUCAUAAUAUUUAUAAUUAUUUUUUCUUUUGUGUAAAAUCACCUAAAACUGAGAAUCCUUAUGUUUUUUGCCAUGUCUUUUCUACAGUAGCCCAAAACAGACAAUCAACACUGUGCACUGAAGGGAAUGUGUAUGUUGCAGAAACAGGACUUCAAAACAAUGGACAUGUUUGACUUUGUAAUUUUGGGCAUGGUACCGCUGUUGUUCACUAGGUGCACACAACGUCCAUGUAAAACAAAAACCCAGAGGCCAUUUAUCAGACACAAUAUUUAACAGGUUUAAACUGAAACUGUACACUUGCUCUGUUCAAUCAUGCAAAAUUUGUCUCUGUGCUGCUGUUGACAGACGUUGCACAAGCUAUUUGCGUGCAGCAACAUGUUUGGAAGAUGUUUAAGGUAGCAUCUUCCAGGUUAAAGGUGAAUCUUGGGCUUCCUGUUCGGGUCAUAUUAACUGUCAUGCUUUUACAGAUGUGUGGAUGAUUCAUGUGAGGGUAAGAUGGUAAUUUCUUUUCCACAUUUAUGGUAAGUGACUCAGGUUGUGUUUAUAAGAUGAAUAAUAUGUUUAUUUGUUUAUGUUGAUAUUUGUCUUUACUUUCUCUGGAAAAGAUUUCAAUAAACAUUCCCUUCACCCUU